UGUUGGCUGCUAAGCAUCUCCGGAAACACAAAAAAAAAAAACGUUGAAAGUUCCACUCAAAUUGAUACAGACAAAGAGAUAGAGAGAGAUUAGAGAGAGAGAAAAAAAAAUUGGGAGAUGGGAAGAGCCCCCUGCUGCUCAAAAGUGGGACUGAGCAAAGGGCCAUGGUCGCCGGAGGAAGACAGUCUGCUUUCAGAUUAUGUUCAGAAAUACGGCGAGGGGCAAUGGAGAUCCCUCCCAAAGAAAGCAGGGCUUUUGAGGUGCGGGAAGAGCUGCCGGCUGAGAUGGAUGAACUAUCUCCGGCCGGGGAUCGUCCGGGGAAACAUCACCGCCGACGAAGAGGAUCUGAUCGUACGGCUCCACGCGCUCCUCGGAAAUCGAUGGUCGCUGAUCGCCGGCAGAUUGCCCGGUCGAACCGACAAUGAGAUCAAGAAUUACUGGAACACUCAUCUCCUCAGAAAGCUACACAGCGCCGGCGUCGUCCACCCCGCCGGCGGCCGGGACCUCCCCAGGAGCGAUAAUUUAACGAAGCAGAAGAAAAGUAAGAGCCAUACAAAGAAGAAAGAAGACGACGGCGUGAAAAAUCGAGCUCCGUUUCAGAAGACGAGAGUUUAUUUGCCUAAGCCGUUGAGAGUCUCGCCGGAGUUCUCCAGGACGAAUAGCUUCGACAGCUCCGGCAGCCGGACGUCCAGCGGUUCGCCGGUGGAGUGGCCGCCGCUGUUCGAAAUCAAAGAUGCGGUUUAUGAAAUGUUGAUCGGAGAUGGCGGUGGAGGAGGAGCAGCGGCGGAUUUUCUGGGCGGCGAGUUUUCUCCGGAGUUGCUCAGCCACGCCGAUUCAAUUUCCGAUAACGCAGAAAUGCUGGACAAAGUCUACGAUGAGUAUUUGCAGCUUCUACAGUUCCCUGAAUAAAAUAAAUAGAUAUUAAAUAAUAUAAAUUCAUCGUAAUUAAAGCAUACAAAAAUAUAUAUGUCUAUAACGUAAAAAUUCGAACUUAAUAAUUUAUAAGUCACGUAAAUAUAUAAUACUAUUUAAUUCAUCAAUUAAUAAAUAAUUAAUUACUUGUUAAAUUCAGUAUAUUACUAGUAUAUGACAAUAUAUUUAAAACACAUUUUGAAGAUCAUAAAAGUAA